AUGCAAUUUGUAGCUUUUAAUGCCAAAACUUUUCGCAACUUCUUCACUAGAGUGGAUGAUAAAUCGGAUGCUUCUGAUUGGUAUUUCACAGGAAAAAUGAUUUUUCGUAAAAACAAUUUCAAAGAAAUAAAAAGAUCAAAAAAGGGUAGAGGUGUAACCCUACUCAAAAAGAUAAAAGAAUAUAUCGGUAUAAAUUGUUAUAUACCGAGCGAUGGAUACUGCUUUGUAAAGUGCGUUAAUAAUGUUUUAAACGAAGACUACACGAGAGAAUUUCACGAUUUCAUCAACAGUUUUUCAAAAUCAAACAGAAAAGGAGUUAUGACAUCUGCUAGAAUCAGUGAAUUCGAUGAGAAAUUUAAUACUUAUUUUCAAAUUUAUAUGCCCAAACAUAGACAUUUUCAACCAAAGAGAGUAUCCGAGGAAUUAGAUUGGGUAUUUUACUUAUAUAAAUCACAUUUCUGUCUCAUUAGAAGAAAUAACAAAACCUUAGGCAUUAAAGAAAUAGAAGAUAAUUACGAUGAAAACGUAUGGAGAACUUGUAGAGAUGAUAAUGCGAUAUCGCAAGUUUCACCUCUAAAACUAAACGUUUUUCCAACCAUUCCCGAUGAUUGUUUAUACGCGUGGGAUUGCGAAACCUAUAACGAAAAUAAAGCCAUAACUUAUUCUUGCACGUUAAUUAAUUUAGAAAAACUAAGAAAAAUGUUUAACAGAAUAAAUAAUCUCUUUCCAGAUUUAAAGCCGACAGAUCCCAUUCCAGAAGAAUUUUACAACAAAGUUAUGACUAAUAUAGUAGAAAUAUUUGUAGAAAAAAUGGAAAAGACAAAAACAAAUAAUGGGCAAAAUAUUAAUUUCAUAUGUUCCUAUCAACAUGAAAAAUCUAGUUUGGCGGCAUGGGGAAAUUCAUCUUCUAAUCUACCGAUGAAUUUGAGAAAGAUCGAGGAUGUAGACAUUGCAAAAUACACCAAAGAUAAUUGGAAACCUUUAAGACACGAAUGGGAACCUUACGCUAAAAGAGAUACGUUAUGUCUCGGAGCUUGUUUGAUAAAAUACAAUCAAGCAAUGAAAGAAGCUGUAUUUCAGAUUAUUUCCAAUAAUCUAACGGCUCCUUCUUUAUCUUUAAAGGGUUGGUAUUAUUUAUAUCAUUACGAUAAAGAAAUGGUUGAAGAAGAAUGGUAUGAAACUACUAGAAAGGUUCCGAAACACACUGAAAAAGAAAACGUAGAAAAAGUUUACUCACAUACUCACCCUUUUAUAAGAUAUUUUAUCAGACAAAGUAUUAAAGGAGGAAGAGUUUCGGCAAAUCGAAAAUCAUUUGAAACGAAUAAAAUGGAUGAAAUUUGUAAUAUAUUAAAGGAGUUUAUUUCACAAAGUGACUCUGAUAAUAUAAUAGAUUGA